UGUUAAAGCACAAGACUCGUAGUAUUUCAUCAUUCAGUAUACACUUUCGUUAAAAUCUUCUGAAAAUCAUGGCAUCGAUCACGAUACCGGUAGCAAUGAAAUUUGCCCGUUUUACAACAGAUAUCGUAUAUCAAAUGAAUAAAAAUUCAUUGCUCAGGUUGUCUCGAACAUCUCGCAUUUUUCCUUGGCAAAAGCAAGGAUACAGUACAGUAACUGAAGAAAAAAAGAAUGAGGGAGGUGCACAAACACCAUUGCAAGAACCAACAGCGACUGAAAAAAAGUUAAAAGGAGAAAUGGAACUUCUCAUCAAAGAAAUAGUGGAGCUUAAAGAAGUAAAAAAUACUUUAGAAGAUAAAUAUAAGAGAGCAUUAGCUGAUGGGGAGAAUCUUAGAGUUCGAUUGACCAAGCAAAUUGAGGAUGCCAAGCUUUUUGGUAUUCAAGGUUUCUGUAAAGAUCUUCUAGAUGUAGCAGAUGUGUUAGGAAAAGCUACUGAAAGUGUGCCUAAGAGUGAAUUAACAGAUAAGAAUCCGCAUUUAAAAACGCUUUAUGAAGGUCUAAUAAUGACUGAAGCACAACUACAUAAGGUUUUUAAGAAGCAUGGUUUAGUAUCCUUAAAUCCUAUCAAUGAAAAAUUUGAUCCAAACCAACAUGAAGCAUUAUUUCAACAAGAAGUAGAAGGAAAGGAACCAGGAACAGUUGUAGUUGUAUCGAAGAUUGGAUAUAAACUACAUGAACGGAUAGUUAGACCAGCAUUGGUUGGUGUAGCAAAAGGAUAACUUUUAUAUACUUAAAAUAAAUUCUAUAAUAUGAUAGAUUAUAUAAACAUGAUAAUUUUUUAAGUGAUAUAAAAUGGAAUGACAUAAUAUUACAGUAAUUUAAGAUAGAAGACAUUUAAUAGAUUUACACAACAAAUGAGGUCAUUAAAAAUA